GUUUAUCCCCAACAUUAUCCCCAUUCUGUUUCCUCAGCAACCUCUUCUCACUCUUUCAUAGCUACGUCUUUCUUCCCGUCUUUGAGCCUUAAUUUCAUGACCAGAAAAUGAAUUUAACCCAUACUAAACUCCAACCAUUUCCUCACUCUCCUCCUCUCACUCAUCCUACGUUUCUCUUUUCAAGCAGAAGUCUUCUUCCAUUCCCAAGAAAUUUGAAACCUGCCCACGUUCGUCCUUCGUUUCUGUAUAAAAAGCAUACUCUUUUACGUUAUGGUUGUUUCGGAGUUAGCAGGAGUAGAACCAGGAGCUCCAUAAGUGAAGUUGAAGAGGAGCAAAAACAGAAGCCAGUGCUUGUGAAAAGGGCAUAUCCGUUUGAUGAAAUUGAGCCCAAAUGGCAGCGUUAUUGGGAACAAAAUCGAACCUUUCGUACACCUAAUGAUGUUGAUACUUCUAAACCUAAAUUUUAUGUCCUUGACAUGUUCCCUUAUCCCAGUGGAGCUGGAUUGCAUGUUGGGCACCCACUGGGAUAUACGGCCACAGACAUUCUUGCUAGGUUCAAACGAAUGCAAGGUUACAAUGUGUUGCAUCCAAUGGGAUGGGAUGCUUUUGGAUUGCCUGCUGAGCAAUAUGCAAUUGAGACUGGAACUCACCCAAAGCUCACAACAUUGAGGAACAUUAAUCGCUUCCGCUCCCAGCUUAAAUCAUUGGGUUUCUCAUAUGACUGGGACCGUGAAAUAUCCACCAUAGAACCUGAGUACUAUAAAUGGACCCAGUGGAUCUUUCUUCAAUUGUUAAAGAGAGGAUUGGCCUACCAGGCUGAAGUACCGGUUAAUUGGUGUCCAGCUCUUGGUACUGUUCUUGCAAAUGAGGAGGUCGUGGAUGGUGUCAGUGAGCGUGGGGGUCAUCCUGUUAUCAGAAAGCCAAUGCGGCAAUGGAUGCUGAAGAUUACUGCUUAUGCCGAUCGUCUUCUUGAAGAUUUAGAUGAACUUGACUGGCCUGAAAGUAUCAAAGAAAUGCAAAGGAACUGGAUUGGGAGGUCAGAGGGUGCUGAAGUUGAAUUUUGUGUUCUUGACAGUGAUGGAAUGGAAACAGACAUGAAAAUUACAGUCUAUACUACCAGGCCUGAUACCAUAUUUGGUGCAACGUAUUUAGUCGUGGCACCGGAGUAUACCCUUUUGUCAUCAAUAGUAUCUACAGAGCAGAGGGAAAGUGUGGAGGGAUAUCAAGACAUUGCCUCUAGAAAGAGUGAUCUUGAAAGGACUGAACUUCAGAAGGAGAAAACAGGAGUCUUUAGUGGUUGCUAUGCCAAAAAUCCGACAAGUGGGGAACCAAUUCCAAUAUGGGUUGCAGAUUAUGUGUUGGGGAGUUACGGAACUGGAGCAAUUAUGGCUGUCCCUGCACAUGAUGCUCGUGACCAUGAGUUUGCCUCAAAGUUUAAUAUUCCAAUCAAAUGGGUUGUGACACCCAAUAAUGGAAGUUGUGUUGAAUCUGGGAAGGCUUAUUCAGGAGAAGGCAUCAUUGUUAAUUCUUCAAAUUUGAAGGUGGGCCUUGACAUCAAUGGCUUGUCAAGCAAAGAAGCAGCUUACAAAGUUAUUGAGUGGGCAGAGAAAGUUGGGAAGGGGAAGAAAAAGGUGAACUACAAGUUGAGGGACUGGCUUUUUGCUCGGCAACGAUAUUGGGGGGAACCUAUCCCAGUCAUCUUCUUAGAAGAUAGUGGUGAGAGCCUUCCAGUUCUUGAAUCUGAACUGCCCCUUACCCUUCCUGAAUUGGAUGAUUUUACUCCAAGUGGAACAGGGGAACCACCACUGUCCAAAGCUGUGUCUUGGAUCAAAACCAUAGAUCCUUCAUCUGGGAAACCUGCCACGAGAGAAACAAACACGAUGCCACAAUGGGCUGGCUCUUGCUGGUACUAUUUGAGAUUUAUGGACCCCAAAAACUCCAAUGAAUUAGUUGAUAAGGCAAAAGAAAAGUAUUGGAGCCCAGUUGAUGUCUAUGUUGGUGGUGCUGAGCAUGCUGUUCUCCAUUUACUUUAUUCAAGGUUCUGGCACAAGGUUCUAUAUGACAUUGGUGUUGUAUCAACCAAAGAGCCUUUCAAAUGUGUCAUAAACCAGGGGAUUAUUCUUGGGGAAGUUCAAUAUACGGCUUGCAAAGACACAGAUGGAAACUAUAUAUCUGCAGACUCUGCUGAUGACUUAGGUGAAUACCUUCAAGAAAUCAUUCCAGAGGAAAGAGUUGUGAAGUCUGGGGAGUUUUUUGUGUUGAAAGACAACCCAAACAUUCGUUUGAUUGCACGUGCUCAUAAAAUGAGUAAAAGUAGGGGAAAUGUUGUCAAUCCUGAUGAUGUCGUUUCUGAAUAUGGUGCAGAUUCUCUUCGAUUAUAUGAAAUGUUCAUGGGACCAUUUCGAGACUCAAAAACAUGGAAUACUAGUGGCAUUGAAGGGGUCCAUCGAUUUUUGGGACGAACUUGGAGGCUGAUCGUUGGCUCACCCUUACAUCAUGGUGCAUUCAGGGAUGGAACAUUGGUUACUGAUGAGGAACCUACUACGGAACAGCUUCGCGCUCUCCAUAAAUGCAUAGCUAAGGUGACAGAGGAAAUCGAAGGGACAAGGUUCAACACUGGAAUUUCUGCAAUGAUGGAGUUCAUUAAUGCAGCAUAUAAGUGGGAUAAGCAGCCAAAAGCAAUUAUUGAAGCAUUUGUCUUGUUGCUUUCACCUUAUGCACCUCACAUGGCUGAGGAGCUUUGGUCUCGCCUUGGUCAUCCAGAUUCAAUAGCAUACAAGGCCUUCCCUAAGGCUGAUCCUGCAUACUUGAAGGAAUCAACCGUCGUACUACCUGUCCAGAUAAAUGGCAAGACUAGAGGUACAAUUCAGGUCGAAAAAGGAUGUUCAGAGGAGGAUGCAUUUACAUUAGCUUCACAAGACGAGAAACUCUCAAAAUAUCUCAAUGGGAAACCGAUCAAAAAGAGAAUCUUUGUUCCUGGAAAGAUCUUAAACGUUAUAUUGGAUCGUCAAAACGUCAAGGCAGGAAGCAUCCAAUAAUUUUCGUGCACCGGCAUUUAUAUAUGUGCCCCACAUUUUUAAAUGCAGAGAUCCCAAACAGUUUUGAGUACAGCAUCCUUGCAUCCACGUUGCAAAUGCAAACUAGUGCAUAUAUUAAAGAGUACAGGAACAAGACAGCUCCCUACAGGAUUGGUCUUUGGAUCUUUGGCUUUAGGGUUUAGGCAUCCGUUAAAUUGGAAUUACAUGUUUAUAUAUAGAUAGAUGAUACUUGUUGUAACAUUUUAAAGCCAAUAUAUAAAUCUCUCAUGAUCUUGGUGUGCAAAA